AUGCAUCCCAUCGGACUGCGCCAUUUCCACGAAUUAGUUCCGCUUCCCCAGUUUGAAGAGGAAGAUUCAGGCUUCUAUUUCUUUCUAGCGCAAAUCAGCCUCAGAAAGUUCUUGACACAAACCCUUGAAGUUGUUGGAUACUUUACAGGACAGGUCAUAUUUGCACCUGUUGUCAUUGGCGAGUUGCGCAAACAAGUACGCGAAUGGUACGAUCAUCUACCUUCAGUCGUCCAAUUCCCUAUCGAUUCGACCCCGCUGUUUGAUUCUAGGAAAUCUUUCCUGCGGGUUCAGUAUAUCGCUUUACACGUAGUGCUUGGCUGGCCAUCAGUGCUCAAGAUACUGGAAGUUAGUGAAGAGGAGGCUGGCGCUCAAGACCACGAAACCAUAGUGGUCACAAGGGAUCACGCACGACACUGCAUAAAGAGUUCAGCCCUGCUUCUAAGUAUAGCAGACGAGCAGCUCAUGGGAAGGAAGAUGGGAACGCACUUCACAUUGUAUCCAACAUUUGCGUGCUUUGCAACUCUCCUUAUUGCAUUCGACCACCCGGCUCUCGCCUUCAUCGAAGAGACUAAGCAGGAGCAGCAUAUCCGGAACGGAUACGAUGUACUGCGACCAUGGGCCCAUCUUCCCCUCAUUCGACGGGGACUAGAAAGGGCACGCAUCUUAAUGCAGCAGAACAAUCUCGCGCACAUAUUCCACACAUACGCGGAUGAAUUACCUCAAAAUGCAUCUGGUGUUAGUCCACCAGUAGCAAUGAGUCACGACUGGAGAUCUCCGCGUGCCGGGUUCACCAUGAAACCAUGA